ACUCUACGCAAAUAUCCCACGGAUUCGCGGCUCGAGCGGCGGGCCUCGGAUGACACGGUGUUGAGCGCCGGUCGUCGGCCUGACAUUCAUGUCGCGAAGGGUGUGGUUAUAAAGAUACCGACUUACGCCAUACAUCACUCGCCGGACAACUAUCCCGACCCGUUUGCCUUCAAACCGGACCGCUUUUUGCCCCAAAACCGUCAUCACAUCAAACCCUAUACGUACCUACCGUUCGGCGCCGGACCCCGUAGUUGUAUUGGUAUGCGCUUUGCGUUGCUCGAGGUGAAACUGGGCAUGGUCAAAAUGUUGCAACAGUUUCGUUUCUAUCGCGUGCCCGACACCGAUGUGCCCCUCGUUUUGCUGAGGGGUUACGACCGGUUGUACGCCAAGAGACUUGUGGUGGGCGUCACUAAACGCUAA